AUGUUAAGCAUAAGAAAACCUUUAACGUCUCUUCUGCAACUACAUUGUAAAAGCAAUGUUUUGGUACAAAUCAGACAUGCUUCACAAGCUCUACCUCAGUUUUCAUGGGAAAAAUACAAUGUAAAAAGAAAGAACUUCGGUACGAUUCAAUCUUCAGAUAUUGGAUUCUUCAAAUCAAUACUCGAUGAGAAAAGGGUGUUAACUGAUGAAAAUGAUAUAUUACCAUAUAACAUUGAUUGGAUAAAAAACUGCCGAGGCCAAUCGAAGCUUGUAUUGCGACCAAAAACUACAGAAGAAGUAUCAAAAAUUUUAAAAUAUUGCAAUGACAGACGACUAGCGGUAUGCCCUCAAGGAGGAAAUACAGGACUAGUUGGUGGUUCUGUGCCCGUAUUCGAUGAAAUUGUCUUGAGCUUUGCGUUGAUGAACAAAAUCAUCAGCUUAGAUAGUGUCUCAGGUUCUAUGGUAUGCGAAGCUGGAUGUAUUUUAGAGAAUUUGGACAAUUAUGUACGCGAGCGAGGGCUCAUAAUGCCAUUAGACUUGGGUGCUAAAGGAACCUGUCACAUCGGCGGCAAUGUCAGCACUAAUGCAGGUGGACUUCGGCUGUUACGUUACGGCAACCUACACGGAUCAAUACUUGGAAUUGAAGCGGUCAAAGCUGAUGGUACUGUCAUAGAUUGUCUAAAAUCUUUAAAGAAGGACAACACUGGGUAUCAUUUGAAGCAUCUGUUUAUUGGAUCAGAAGGCACAUUGGGCUUAGUUACUAAAGUCGCUAUCCAUUGUCCCGUAUUACCGAAUGCUGUAAAUUUAGGAUUUUUCGGUGUAAAAAACUUUGAUAAUAUAUUGAAGUUAUACAAAAGUGCUAAAAAAAAUCUUGGCGAAAUUUUAUCUGCCUUCGAGAUGGCUGACUUCGAUGCGAUUAAUACUACUGUGAGAAACCUGAAAUUGCCAAAUCCAAUCGCAGAUUAUCCGUUCUAUGUGUUGGUAGAGACUCACGGCAGUAAUGAAGCUCACGAUAGCGAAAAGUUAAUGUCAUUCCUUUCAAAAGAAAUGGAAACAGGCCUUAUAUUAGAUGGAACUGUCACAUCUGAGCCGGCCAAAAUGCAGACGAUUUGGAACCUGCGCGAAAGUAUAGCUGGUGCUAGCUUGAAAUCCGGUUAUAUUUUCAAAUACGACGUAUCUAUUCCACAAAAGCACUAUUACGAUCUUGUACCGAUAUUGAAAAAGAGGAUGGGUGGCAGAGCGGUCUCUGUUUAUGGUUAUGGACAUGUUGGGGACGGUAACAUACAUAUUAACGUCGUCGUACCAGAAUACAACAGCGAAGUAGCGUCACUUAUGGAACCAUAUAUCUUCGAAGAGGUGAGCAAAGUGAAUGGAUCAAUUAGUGCAGAACACGGUAUAGGCUUUCGAAAACCCAAAUACAUACACUACAGCAAGGAUCAGUCGGCGUUGCAUCUGAUGAGUGACCUGAAGAAAUUAAUGGAUCCAAAUGGAAUAUUAAAUCCAUAUAAAGUUCUACCCGAUGAACCAUAA